UUGUUUUUUUGUUGAGCUCUUCUCAAAUGUUACGAUACACAUCGCUCAAACUAGCAGCUUAGUUCUAAAAAAGUCACAAAACAGUAAAUUUCCAAAUGUUUUUAUUAUUUACAGAACUGUGAAACGAGACAAAGUACCUAAAAGAAAAGAAAUUUGUAAUUAAAUUGGAUAUUACAGACAUGGAAGUAGCAAUGCUGGAUGUAACAGAAUCCUCCUGCCGUUUGUGCUUGGUGCCGAUCACGAAUGCUGCCGUAGAUUUGUACGCCGAACAGCUGAUCGAAAUGGUUGAAUCUGUUUUCCGCAUAACGUUUGUGCGAGCAAAAUGGUUUCCUCAAAUGAUCUGCAAAGAUUGUCAAGCAUUAGUAUUGCAAAUCCAUGAUUACAUACAAAAGGUUCGAGCUAACCAAGAUUAUCUGCAAUCGGUGAACUCGAAUUUACCAAAGACAAGAAGUGCCGAAGUUAAAACGGAAUCGGAUAGUGAACAAAAGUAUGAACCCACUAUCGAACAACCGAUAUCGCCGAAAACAAAACCGAUAGAAGAUAAGGAAGAGAAUGAUCGAUUACAACCUUCUGAAGCAGACGCGGGAAAUGACGAUUAUGAAGAACAUUCUAUUGAAGAAGUUAUCCCCAAAAGAAGACGAAAGAUAAAGAAGACCAAAUCGACCGAUGAAACUCGAGCCAAGGAAGAGGAACUCAUCAAACGGUAUUAUACGUUUAGAUGUGAUGUUUGUUCAAAGGAAACAACUAACUUCAAGGCUCUGUUGGAUCAUUUCCGUGAAUCACAUAAAACAUCCGGUUACAUCAAGUGUUGCAACAAGAAGCUCUAUCGUCGAUGCCGCCUAUUGGAUCACAUCUCCAAGCACCAGGAUCCGGACACUUUCCGAUGUGAAAUCUGCAACAAAACUUACGCCUGUCGGACCAGCCUGGAGUUGCACAACAUGCAUCUCCACCUAUCGGAAAACGAAAAACCCCACAAGUGUUCGGUAUGUUCGAAGUCUUUCGCUAAGGACUACCAGCUCAAAUGCCACAUGGUGCGACACGUGGCCGUUGAAUGUCCCAAAUGUGGACGAAUCUUGUCCAAUCGGCUAUCUCUACGGGAUCAUUUGAUCAACGUACACAGCGAAGUCGGUCAGAAGCAGUCGGUAUGUGACAUCUGCGGAAAAGGAUUCCGCUCGAAGGUCUCGUUCCAACGACAUGUGCUGAUGCAUCAGGGCGCGGCACCGGACAAUCGAGUCCAGUGCCAUCUGUGUCCGCGCUGGCUCACGAAUAAAAUGGGUCUGCAGAAGCACAUUCGCACCCAGCACAUGGAGAUAGGAAAUCAGUUUGUUUGCGGCGAUUGCGGAAAGAUUUCACCGAAUUCGUCAGCCCUCCAGCAACAUCGAAGAGUGGUUCACGCGGAGGAGAAAUUCUCCUGCGAGGUGUGCGGAAAGCGUUUCAAGAGAGCAAUCACAUUGAAGGAACAUCGCGCGAUCCACACGGGCGAGAAACUCUAUUCGUGCCGGUUUUGCCCGAUGACCUUCAUCUCGAACGCCAACAUGUACUCCCAUCAGAAGAAAAUGCAUCCGGACGAGUGGGAGAAGGCACGAGUGGGUAAGCUGAAGAAAUAAUUUUCUGUUUUGGAAUAUAAAUUUGUCGAACUUCGACUUUUCGAAA